UAAAUACAAACACUUCAAGUUUAUUUAUAAUUCUAGAAAAUAAAGAGUAUUAAUUAUGGCUUCUUACCCUAAAAGGAUGCACAUCUUCGGUACUUAUAUCCUUUGGGCGCUGGCCGCCAUCUCCCUAUGGCAAGGAUCCUUAGCAGAGAAUGCUCGCAUCUAUGAGAAUCUGCAAAGCUUGGAGUGGAAAGUGGAAAGAGUGGAAAGAAAACUGGAAGGCCUGCAGGUCAAGUUUGAAAAUCAACUUGACCGGAUUAUGAACCAAAUUGAGGGAGUAUCGAAAAAGUUAGAUGCUGCCAAGCUGGAAAUCCCGGAUUUAGUUAGGAAUUCUGUACCAUUUGGUUUCGAACGAUUCGAUAACAGAUACUUCCGUAUAUCCGAUGAACUUGUGAACUGGGACACUGCUGUGCAACGGUGUCGUGAAAUGGGAGGUUACCUAGCCUCGAUUCGCAAUGAGAAAGAAAUCCUCGCAAUUAAAGAAAAACUUGUUGAAUCGAAAGGAUACUGGCUGGGCAGCAAUGAUCGUCUCAAUGAGGGUGUCUACAGAUCUGUGGCCUCCGACAGGCCAGCGCAGUUUUUAAUAUGGAGAAAGGGAUACCCGGACGACGAAACCCACAGACAGAACUGCGUUGUGUUGCAAGGAGGCUUAAUGAUGGACUUUAAUUGUAGCGAUCAUUUCCGUUUUAUUUGCCAGAUGGACAAUAACUCUUAGUCAUAUUGGAACAAAUUUAUAAUUUUAAAAUAAUAAAAUAUUAAUAUUAUCUUGAAUA